AGCAGGGUCAUUAAAAGAUCUGCAGGCUUAUCUCAGUCAACUCUACAUUCGAACAGCAACUAUGAAUUUAAACACUCUAAAAAAUGAUAUAGGCAUUGGAUAUUUCAAUCUAAAGAGGCCACUUUUUGUUCUUUUAAAUGAUUCUGAGGAACUCAGAAAUGUCUUCGCGAAUGAAAUUUCAAGCUGGAUCUCAAUGGCUUAUCCUACGUGGAUAAUUUUUUUCCGAGAAAAUACGACAAUAGAUUACUUUUUUCGAAAAAUUUAUGUCCCAUUUGACUGCAUAUUUUUGGUAGCUCAAAGAGGCGAAAAUGACAAUGAGGCGACUCUAACAGAAGUUUAUCAAAUUGACAAAGAAAAGGAACUCAGAAGGUCGAUUUUUGGUUAUUGGGAUUUGAAAACUGGCGUAACUACUCCUAAGCUAAGCCUCUAUCAAAGACGCGGGGAUCUUUUUGGACAAAAUAUACGUGUUACUUCAAUUCAGGAUCCACCUGUAUCUCGAAUUGUUCGUGACUCUUCGGGACAAAUGGUGGGGUUGGAUGGAUUUUAUGGAAAAGUGGUUCAACUCCUGAAAGAUGGUAUGAAUUGCACUAUAUCAUAUGAGGAAGCUCAUAAUUGGGGAGUUCGAAUGGCAAAUGGAUCUUGGAUAGGUGCAGUUGGAAUGUUGACCACCAAUGAAGCCGAUCUUGUAGCAGCUGAAUUAAUGAUGGCAACAGAUCGAUUAGAUUAUAUUGAAUACACAACCCCUGUGUAUUCAACAAAAUGUCGAACCUACAUAAAAAGACCUUCAAUCGCUGCCGUCAAAUGGGAAGCUUAUACAGCUCCUUUUCAUUAUGGGAUUUGGUAUUCGAUUGCCGCUCUUAUAAUAUUUUCGAGUGUUUCAAUUGCUUUUGCAAAAUUUGUCACAAAAUUCCUGGAACAUAAAAAUAUAGUGGAAACUACCAAAUUUUCAGAAACUACCUUCCUCGUCUUUGGUGCAUUUUGUGGACAAGGAAUGGAUGCAUCUCCAUUAGACACAGUCAUGAUGAUACAAUUGGUCAUUCACAUGACAGGUGUUAUAAUUCUAGCGGCUUACUCAGCUGCUCUAAUUAGCUUCUUAGCAGUAAAGUCUUUUAUUAUGCCAUUCACAACUAUGGAAGGACUUUUAAAGGACGGAACCUAUCGAUUUGGUGUUGUCGGAAAUUCUUCUGACUUUAGCUUUUUUCAAAACACAUCAGACAAGGUGCUUCAAGUUAUGUUCGAUAAAGUACUGGAUCAAAACGAUAUGCCGCCAAACUAUUUGGAAGGAUUAAAAAGAGUCUGUGGGGAAGAAAAUUAUGCAUUUAUGACAAUGGAUAACAUGGUUGCUGUUUUGCAGCCAAAAGUUAAUUGUAUCCUUGAACCCUUAGAUGUAAUUAUGCAAACAACAAUAGCAAUGGCAGUUAGAAAAUGGAGUCCGUAUAGGGGUAUUAUUAAUAGCAACAUUCUUAUGAUGAGAGAUAGUGGGAUUCUUCAAAGAUUAUUCAGCAUAGAAUGGGCAGUUCAACCCGGAAAGAACAAAGACGGUUGGACUUCAGUGGAAAUUAUCGACAUACUGCCUCUGAUUUUACUUUUGGGGGGAGGAAUAAUUUUAGGAGGAUUUUUAUUGUCUAUCGAAAAAAUAAUUUAUCAAAAUUUUAAACAUCUUGGAAGCAUUACAAAAAUUCCUAAAAGGCAGAUAAAAAAUAGAUGA